AUGCUCUUCGCAAUGUUCUUCGUCUUUUUCCGGGUUCUUCAGAUUAUCACUCUGAUCCCGUGUAUGGGUAUGCUCGCCUGGUUCGUUGAUGGAUUCGUCAAGCAGAAUGCCUUGACACCCGACUCUAUCCUCAUCCUCUUCAUCGUCUCGGUUCUCGCUCUCGCCUGGGCAAUCUUCACCCUCUUCAGCUACCACCGCUCCUCGACAAACGCCCACUUUGUCGCCUUUGUUGAUGCCCUCUUCUUCGGCGCCUUCAUCGCUGCCGUCUACUACCUUCGCUACGUCCAAAACACCGACUGCGUCAGCAUCCGCCGCUCAGACGAUUGGGAUGUCUCUGCUGGCAAUGUUCGUGUCAUUGGCCCCAGCUACGACCUCGUCAACAACAAGCCCUGCUCCAUGCUCAAGGCUUGCUGGGCCUUUGGCAUCAUGAACGUCAUCUUUUUCGCCAUCACCUCAGUCGUCGCUUUCCUGCACGGUGGACACAUGAGCGCUUAUAACCGCAGCCACUCCCGUCGAUCUUACCACUCCAGCCGUCACAGCCACCGAAGCCACUCUCGCUCUGGCUCUCGUCACAGCAGCCGUAGCCGCCCUCACUCUCGCCGUGUCUACGUCUAA